AUGCAAACCAUAAAGUGCGUUGUAGUUGGAGAUGGAGCCGUAGGAAAAACAUGCUUAUUAAUAUCGUAUACAACAAAUAAAUUUCCUUCCGAAUAUGUACCAACAGUUUUUGAUAAUUAUGCAGUAACUGUAAUGAUAGGAGGUGAACCAUAUACAUUAGGAUUAUUCGAUACUGCAGGUCAAGAAGAUUAUGAUCGUCUUAGACCAUUAAGUUAUCCACAAACUGAUGUUUUUCUCGUUUGUUUUUCCGUCGUUUCACCUUCCAGUUUUGAAAAUGUUAAAGAAAAGUGGGUUCCAGAGAUAACGCAUCAUUGUCAGAAAACUCCAUUCCUAUUAGUCGGAACUCAAAUAGAUUUACGAGAUGAUGCGGCAACGUUGGAAAAACUUGCAAAAAAUAAACAGAAACCUAUAAGUUUAGAGCAAGGUGAAAAACUUCAUAAAGAGUUAAAAGCUGUUAAAUAUGUUGAAUGUUCUGCAUUAACACAGAAAGGACUGAAAAACGUUUUCGACGAAGCAAUAUUAGCAGCUUUAGAACCACCAGAGCCAGUCAAAAAAAGAAAAUGUAUUCUCUUAUAA